AUGAAAAUUUUGGUGUUUGUUGUCGUAUCCUUUUUGGCAGUUAAUGCCAUGCCAGCUGACCUAGGUCAGGCUGAUAAUUGUGGAGCCAAAAAAGCAGUUAGGCAGUUCAAAUUGCUUACUACUGGAGAAGCUGCCUCUGAUUUCGAGUGUGAAAUGUGCCUCGAUCUGGUGUUAAUCUCUGAAACGUAUGCUGAGUGUGGUGAAGCUGAAGAGGAGCAUAAAAUGGAAAACAAAUGUGACGAAAAAUAUUCAAAGAAUCCAAUUGAGGACAGAGCCUGCCGUUCAAUGGUUGACAAAAUUGCUCAUGAGGCUAUUGAAGAUACCGAACAGGAUCCUUCUGCCGUUUGCUACAAAAUUAUUCACAGACAUUGUAGCUACAGUUCGAUCUAA